AACAAGAGAAAACAAGUAAAAUGGGUGUACCCCAAAAAUGGUUCAGAAAUAUAGUUCGGGGCAGAUUCCUCAGAUCAUCCAACAAAGACAUCGUUCUCGUUCUCCCUCGCACAAGUAUUUGCACCAAUGAAUGCGAAGAAGCCAUGCUUAGGAAUGAAGAGUUCAGUUUCCCAACACCAAUUUCUUCAAUCACCAAGGAAGAUGCUUCGGCCAUUAAGAUCCAAGCUUACUUCAGGGGACAUCUUGCCAGACGAGCAUAUAAGGCUUUGAAGAGCCUAGUGAAGCUGCAAGCAUUAGUUCGUGGGGUGUGGGUGAGGAAACAAUCACGUAUAGCAAUGCAGUGUAUGCACGCACUUGUACGAUUACAAGUCAGGGUUCGUGCGAGGCAGCUCCUAGGUAGCUUUGAUAAGGAACGACCUACUAAUUUACAAAGUCAAAAUGUAUAGUCUUCUCCGUGUCCAAAUUUAUUCUUUUUUUGUCCAAAGUUAUUCUUACUUUAAUUUAUAUGUAAACAUUCACAAGAAGAGAGUUCAAUAAUUUGGGGAUUUCAAUACUGUUAA